UUUUUUUUUUCUUACUCGAAACUUGGUCGUCGUCUGCCUCGCCUGCGCGCUCCCAACAGUGUCAGACGCAGUGAUUCAGAUGGCUGCCGGCAUAACGUCCCACCAACAUGCGUCAGGCAACCUCCAUCAACAUUUGGCCAACGCAUCCAUGCUACAAAUCCCAUCCAUCCUGAUUUCCCGCUGCUCGCACACACAUACACGACCUACGCAUAUCCACGCCCUCGAGUCACUGAAAUGGGCGCGGGGGACGACCUUGCCCAUGCAUCACUGCACCCAUCUUGAGAGGGGCUGGUUGGAGAAAGACCCAGUCGGCCUAUCGGGAUGCCACCGUAACCUUGGGCGACACUCACACACACACACACACACACACACACGCCUUGGGUCUCACGCGCAACCCUCAGCUUCCCCUGGUCGCCAGGCGGGGGGAGUCAUCUCGAGAAUUCUGCCCACCCCAGCAGGCUAUCCGUACUCUCUCUCUCUGUCUCUUUUUUCCUCUAGGCGACGAGGCGAGCGACGAGCCCACAGCGAUUGCUACGACUUCAAACACAUUGUUCAGCGAAUGUGGUGCUUUUGGCCCUCGCUGAUGAGAUCGGCCAUGCUCCUUAAUCUGACCGACGUUGUACGGAUGCAAGCUCGCGCGCACAUCACUUGCGGGAAGGCCCGUUGUCUGCUUACUCCGGACUGCGAAGGGCGGGACAUGGCCUGCCACGAGCAGUGACAGUCUGACAGUACUCCGUACACAGUAGGAACUCUUGUCACAUCACAAUGAAGCCAUCGGAUGCCUCCCCUCGAGCCAGCCAGCCUUGUAAUGGCAUCAGCUUUGGUCGCACAUCGAAUGUGACUGACAUUGCGAUGCACGUCUUGUCUGCAGCUCCCGCCGUACCGUCUCCUUGGUGUCUUUGGGA